UGACGUCAGCGGGCGGAGUAUUAUGGUCUGGGCUGCGCCGGGGCCGCCCCUGCGCUGCGAGCGGCCGCGUAAACAUGGAGCUCUCGGCCGUCGGGGAGCGCGUCUUCGCGGCCGAGGCCCUGCUCAAGCGCCGCAUCCGCAAAGGCCGCAUGGAAUAUCUGGUCAAAUGGAAGGGCUGGUCGCAGAAGUACAGCACUUGGGAACCUGAGGAGAACAUCCUGGAUGCCCGGCUGCUCGCAGCCUUCGAGGAGAGCUUUGGUUCUUUUAACACCUCUAGGGAGCGAGAAAUGGAGCUUUACGGGCCCAAAAAGCGAGGCCCCAAGCCCAAAACCUUCUUGCUAAAGGCCCAGGCAAAAGCCAAAGCCAAAACCUAUGAAUUCCGCAGUGACUCUUCCAGGGGGAUCCGGGUGCCGUAUCCUGGCAGGUCCCCCCAGGAGCUGGGCUCCACGUCUCGGGCUAGGGAAGGACUGAGAAACAUAGCCCUGGCCCCCCAGGGCAGCUCCAGCAGCAGCACCCCCAAGGCAGACGGCAUCCGGGACCGGGUGAUCCGCGUGGAAGAGAAACCUGGAGAGACCCCCAAAAAGAGAGGCCCAAAGCCCAGGAAGGAGCUUUACAAGGACCUUGCAGAGACUCUGGAUGCCUCCAAGAGGAAACUGGGGGACCCGGGGGACAAGGUGGGGGACUACCUGAAGGCCAGGAAGAUGGAGGAGGCGGCGGCGGGGGCAGCCAAGUUUGGCUCGGGACACAGCGUGAUCCAGCUGGCCCGGCGGCAGGAGCCCGACCUGCCCGGCGCCCUGCCCGGCCCCAACCGCGCCGAGGCGGGGGCCGAGACCUUCCCCCCGCGCCUGGCAAAGCACCGGGCGGACUUUCUGGACCCCAAGGGGCAGGGGGGGCUGGACCCCGGCGGGCCCAAGCUCCUGCACGGCGCCGUGAGCCCGGGGGCCGUGGGCAGCCUGUACCGUGACGGCGUGGGGGGCCCGGCGGGGCGGCCCUCGCUCAUCGCCAGGAUCCCCGUCUCCAGGAUCCUGGGGGACCCCGAGGAGGAGUCCUGGAGCCCCUCUCUCAACAACCUGGAGAAGGUGGUGGUAACUGAUGUGACCUCUAACUUUUUGACCGUCACCAUCAAGGAGAGCAGCACGGACCAAGGAUUCUUUAAGGAGAAGCGAUGAGUUUGGUGGAGGUGGUGCUGGGGUUUUCUUCAGUCAGAUCCAGACAAAAGCUUGGUAGAGCUUGGUGGGCCUCUCCUUUUUUUUUUUUUUUCUUUUUUUUUUUAUGCUCCUUUUUUUUUUCCCUUAAUUUUUUUUCUUUUGUUUUUGGUCCUGGAGAGAAUUUAGAAACUGUCCUAAAUUCAUUAAGUCAUUCUUUUGUUUUGUUUUUUUUUUCACGUCUUACAUUUCGUUGGAAAGAUUAUCUCUAGAGUUAUAUUUUCUAUUAGAUGUAAAUAUGUUAUUUAAGAAAAAAUGCUUAUAUAUAUAUAUCUAUAUAUAUAUUUCAACUCUGAGUUGUUUUAUUUAAAUGGAGACAACAGUGACUGCUCAGUUGCUCCUAGAAAGGACAAUAAAACUGAGAACUAACAAGUUCACUCAUCUGCCGCAGGAGCCGGUGUACAUAACAGUGUUCAUAGCUAAGUAUGUGCUGGGUUUUUUUAACUAUUAUUUUUCAUAUGAUGCUAUGGAUGGUGGAGGGGGACGUGUUGAUCCCUCGGAGGGCGAAGUGCCCGGAUUUCUUGAUUGUGAUUUAAGGUGUUGCUUGUACAAUCAAGUGUGCUGUGUCCAGGACUGUUGCCCUUGACAGUUGACGUGAGCACUUGAAUUCACAGUGUUGUAGGGGAUGGGGUGUUUCCAGUCUAACAAAAAAAGUCAUGUUGCUACAAAGUCGGGCGGGGAAAAGCAGAAACCCAUAAAAAGGCUAAAAGUGUUGGAGUAUUAACUUGAAUUCCCUUUUCUUGCGGAGGGGAGGAGUUUGUGUGUGUAAAGUUCCUGAGGGGUGAUACUGAAAUGCACUUUAAUAGAGUUGUCGUAGCAGUUGUGGGAGAUGGGACUGAGCUGAGGAUAUCUGUUUUCAUUUUGUCUGGUCACUUGAUUCUGUUCCCCUACCCACUAAAAACACCCCAACAAAACCCCCCUCUGUUUACAUUCUUGAAAUGCCAGAGAGGUUGGGGAGGGAACAUCUCACUGCCCAUAUUUAGUUACUUUAUUCUGCUACAGAAAGUGGAUUAUUAUUAUUAUUUUUAUUUCCAACCCCAGUUUACUUCAGACUGUUGGAAGACUCCUGAUAAAGUGUGUUGUAAUAUCCACAUCCCUGACAAAUCCCAGGGUCACCUUUAUGCAUUCAGAGACAGUAAAUCCUUCCCUUUCCUUACGGUGGUUAAACAAUAGCCAAGAGGCAAAAUAUUCCCGUGCGGGGCAGCCCCGCCACCUCGGGUGGAUUUUGUGCUGGAUUUGCCCGUGGGAUUCCUCCCAGGGCUGGGAUCCAGGGCUGAGAUUCCUCCCUGGCUGGGGUAGGGAGGGUCCUGGGGCUCUGGCUGGGGGCUGGGGGUGCCCCCGCUCUGCUGCUCCCCCAGCUUGGCCACUGCCUGGCAGGGGAGGGAGCCUGGGCCGGCUGUGGCUUGGCUGGGGGGAGCAGGUGGCCCUGUCCUCACGCCUUGCUCUGGGCAUCAGUCGGAUGGAAGCACAAGCCCGGCAGUGCCUGAGGGCUGGGACUGAGCCAGGGCCCCUUGUCCCUGAAAUCCUGAAGGCCCCUGGCCCAGGGAGCUCACAUGGGCUGAGGGAAGGGGCUGGGCAAGGGGCAUCUCUGCUGCAGGGCCCUUGGGCAGCUUCACCUUGCCUGGUUCCCUUCCCCAUCCUUCUUUUGGGGGACCCAUGAGGUGCCCGGCAGGAUGCUGGAUUGGCUGUGCAAAGGGAGCCAUCGUGUCUGACAGUUCCCAGUUUGUUUUUCCUUUCUUCUUUAUCUUUUUUUUUUUUUUUUUUAAACAUAUUUUGUAAAAUUGAGGUUUUUAACUUGGUUUGUACGAAGAGCUGAUGUGUUGGUUCUGGUGCUGACAUGGGGCCGCGGGUGUUGUUGGAGGAUGAGGAGGGGGUUGAGCUGUUUGUGCUCCUGCUGCUGCCGGGGCUGGAGGAUCCUUCCCUUUGCAAAGAGCUCGGAGCCGCUCCUGCCCCGCUGGGGCUUCGCUCCAGCGCCGUGUCCGUGUGUCCAACACACCUGGAGCAAACCGUACCUGUGGGUGUAUCUGUGUGUCUGUACAUAGCGACGUGUACCCUGCGUGUGUGUGUGUGUGCGGGCGUGUGCGUGUGAAUUAUUUAAGACUUGUACAAAAACGAUUUGGCUAAAUCUCAGUCUCAGAAGUGAAGCUUAACUACGUGUCUUCUGCCAGCCGUGAAUGUCCAUUUGAGACCUGCUUUUUAUGUCAGUUUAAAUAUAUACUUUGUAAAUAGAA